AUUGGCUCGCCGUCUUAAAGGAGGAGGCUGGCAAAGUGAAGCCUUCAUGGAUGGCUUUCGGAUACAAAGAUGAUAAUUAUUCGGUGACAAGGAUUCGUCAUGGCGAAACAGUGGAGUCUAUGGAAGGGACCAGAUCCCUGAGAGCCAGGGGGCAUCAAGCUUCAUCACAGAUACCAGAGGAGUUCCCAGGGUCCGCUGUGAAUGAGAACAACAUGAGGGUUCUUAAACGCUUGGCAGCACACAGGUGUGUGUUGGUACUGGGUGUGCUUUUAGGUUUGCUGUGUUUGGUAAUGCUCUCUCUACCACCGAGUGAAACCACGACGAGCAAACCUCUGAGCUGCCACGUCAACCAUGCACAUAAAAAGCAGGUCCAUGAGCACGUGCACAGAGUUCUGGAGAGUCCUUGUCACCCCGGCAGCACCAGGCAGAGCUUGUUAGAUCGACUCCCUGCUUCCAGUCACAUGACCCAGCCCUUUCUGUGGAAGGACGUGCCGUUCCCCGAUGACCUCUUCCUUUAUCCACCACCAUUUGGCUUCAAAGGUCUUCAGGGCAAAGUAGAGGACCUGCUGAAGCAGCUGCCAGACUCAAACUUCGUGCCGCUGCCGGAAAAGACAUUGGAUAAAUGUCGCCGCUGUGUGGUCAUGGGAAAUGGAGGCAUUCUCAGAGGCCUGGAGCUGGGUCAGCUGAUCGACCGCUUUGACACCAUUAUCAGGUUGAACAGCGGUCCUCUGGGAGAGUUCAGUGCUGACGUAGGAAACCUGACCAGCAUCAGGAUGAGUUACCCAGAGGGCACACCGCUCCACUGGAUGGACACAGACCCACACACUUUGUUUGUAGCUGUGGUGUAUAAAGGUGUGGACGUCAGCUGGAUCUCUGCGAUGAUCAACAAGCUCGCUGUGCCUCUGUGGGACUGGCUCUUCUUCUGGCAGAAGGUUCCAGAUCAAAUCCCUCUUGAGCCCCAAAGGUUCAGACUUCUAAAUCCACAGAUCAUCAGAGAGGCUGCAUUGGACCUCCUGAAGUACCCUCCACCCAGACCCCGUCUGUGGGGAAGGGACCAGAAUGUGCCCACCAUGGGUGUCGUUGCACUGAAUUUAGCCAGUCUGCUGUGUGACGAGGUCAGCCUGGCAGGCUUUGGCUAUAACCUCUCACAGCAGGGGGCGCCACUGCACUACUAUGACCACCUGCCCAUGACCUUCAUGCUGCAGCAGACGACACACAAUGUGGACCGAGAGACUGAACUCCUACAGAGCCUCGUCAGAGAGGGCACCAUCACUGACUUGACGGGGGGAAUCCACUGCUCCUUCUGCCCCAGCAGACAAGACGUUGCACAUUAAAGACCUUUUGUGUCGUUAAUUGCUUUGUAAGCGCACAUACUGUACAUAGACACAGAAAAGCAACAGCAAGACCAAAGCGCUUACAAAUGUGUGAGAAAAGAGAAACCAGGUGAGAGGAAAUCUUGACACAAAGAUGGAAUUAAAUCUAAUAUAAAUAUGUAAUAUUUGUCAUAAAGUGCUUCUUAUGGAAGCCCUGCGAGGCAAGUGAGAAACAUCAACAGUUAUGGGCCUUGUGUUGAUAGAAUUAAUGAGCUCUCCCACUUUUUAAUUUAAGACUGCUUCAGUUGGUAUUCUUUUUGUUAUCAUGAUAGUUCUGCAAGUACUCAAGUUCAAAUGGUUUUAUCAAAGCACCCCUAGUAAGCAGACUAAACUGAACCCAACCUAUUCUUCCAUUGGUUGAAAAGACUAUUUUCCAAUCUAUGUUAACACUCGAACAAAUGGAUCUGUAUUUAAAGUUACAUAUGUGAAUGUGAAAAAGACUCAAAAGUUGACAUUUUCAAGGCAUGCUUCAAGUCGUUCAAGCUUACGGACACGUAUAGUACGUCUUCACUUUCACUGUUAUGUUUUAAAGGUGUUUACCUACAGAAGAAUGUGAAAUAAUACAAUAUUUAUCAGCACAUCGACCUCAUUCCACUGUAAAUUAACAACAUGAUAACUUUACUUUGUAAGGUGUUUGUGGUCUUAGUGGUAGCAUUUUACAACUGCGUUUUUAUUUCAAACAACUCAGUGUAUUGUAAAAAUAAUGCACAGAUGAAAUGUGUGUUCUAUGAAUUGUUUGUGUUUAAAUGUUUUUUAAUGUUAAUACCACUUCCACUGCACACACACUUAAGAAAGAUAAAGCUUUAAAUUCCAUCCAUUUCUGUUGUCACUUAAUAUUGUUCUUCGUGACCCUCAUUUCGAGGGACAUAGUUAAUUCUUAUGUUUUCAUUCAAAUAUUUAUGACCAGCACAGCUGAAAUCAGGACGACUUAAUUGAAAUAACAGUUUUCCAUUGAGUUUAAAAACAUGUAGUGUAUCUAGUCUUAAUUUAUUGUACUGUUGACCUCAUUAUUAAAAAAUAUUUGGUGUAA